ACAUCACUGAAACUCCCAACCGCCAGAACUGAGUUUCCAAAAGGGCAUAGAGAGAGAGAUGCUAACGCAGUCCCUUUUGUGUCCCAAUUCACCUUCAGUGUCCUCGUCCUCAGGUAGCUUCUUCACUUCUCUCUCUCUCUGUUCUGUCCAACUUGUCUCAGAUACUCUUAGAAACACAAGCUGCAUGCUUCUCUAACUCACUCAAAUCCCAGCGAGGGUGUCAAAGAAUUCAACUUUCUACCUUUAAACGACGAGACUCAUGCAAUUACUGACCACCCAAAUGGCCCAACUCUCGGAGAGGAAAUUUCUUUUGAGUUAUACAACCAUUUGUUACAAGAUUUCUGUAGAGUUGGGCAUGUUGAUGAGGCCCUGGAGUUGUUUACCGAGAUGCAAGAACAAGGAUUAUAUCCUGAUCCGAAAAUGUUUGUUACUAUUAUCAGUAGAUUGGGGGAGCAAGGGAAGUGGGAUAUGAAUCAUAUGAUACAGAAGACCUUUGAGAAUAUGAGAAGCCGAGGGCAUAAAAAAAGUGGGACUAUUUAUGCUGCUCUGGUUGACAUUUAUGGGCAGUAUGGAAAAUUUCAGGACGCAGAAGAGUGUAUAUCUGCACUAAAGGCAGAAGGUCUUGUUCCCUCCGCCAGUAUGUUUUGUGUCUUAGCAAAUGCCUAUGCCCAGCAGGGAUUAUGUGAUCAGACAGUCAAAGUACUUCAGCUCAUGGAAGCCCAGGGAAUCGAACCAAAUGUGAUAAUGCUGAAUGUUUUGAUUAAUGCAUUUGGUAUUGCUGGUAGACAUUUGGAGGCUUUGUCCAUUUAUCACCAUAUAAAAGAAAGUGGUUUAAGCCCCGAUGUAGUUACUUAUACUACCCUUAUGAAGGCGUUUAUUCGAGCAAGGAAGUAUGAUAAGGUCCCUGAGAUAUACAUGGAUAUGGAACAUGCUGGAUGCACCCCAGAUAGAAAGGCUAGACAGAUGUUAGAAGUCGCUUCAUUGGUCCUUCAACAGAGGAAUUGAGAGUAUCCGGAUGGCUUUAAGUGAGUUUGGGAUGCAAUGUGCUCAUGUUGUGUCGUAUGGGUCUAAUUAGAGACCAAACUACUCUUGAUAUUAUCGUUAACUAAGGUUGUCUGAGGCGGCUGUUGAAUCACACUUCAUAAAUGGUGAAACUUUCAGCUAGUGAAAAUUUCUGUUUCUGAUGCAAUACACGGGAGUGAGAUCUCAAAUAUCUUGGUAUUAACUGUAUGAAGUGAAAAAUGUGAGUGAUAUAUCCAACACAACACUCUUUGUGAGCUGCCAACUGUGUUUUCUGAAGCCAAGGCUCGCACCGUCAGAGAUCCAACUUAUAGCUUGUGCUGAACUAAACACAAGCAGAUCUUUUGCUGUUUUGCAGCAGAAUCGAGUGGACCAAUCGAAAUUAUUUUCAUAUUGUACAUGUAACGGAAAACUUGUUCAUAUUUUCACGAGAAAAUCAAUA